AUGAAAAAAGUGCCAGAAAAAUUGCAAGGUUACACAAACUACAAAUCUAUCAAGACUGAAUUGAAAAGACUAGUGUAUGAUUCAAUCAUAGUGGCUGACUUUGAAUUGGGAUGGCAGGCAUUUAUUGUAAAAUAUGAUUUGACCACAAACGACUGGCUCACUACAUUGUUUGACGAGAGACGUCGUUGGGUUCCUUGCUAUCUAAAAAGUCAGUUUUGGGCUGGAAUGUCGACCACCCAAAGGAGUGAAGGCCUGAACGCUUUUUUUGAUGGGUUCAUUAAUUCGGGAACUACUUUGCAACAAUUUGUUGUGCAAUAUGACAACGCACUACGACAAAAGGCAGAAAAAGAAUUUGAAGCUGACUUUGCUUCAUCCAAUACCACUGCUGCAUGUGGAUCACAAUCUCUUAUUGAAAGGCAGUUUCAACUAGAGUACUCGCACGCCAAAUUUGCUGAGGUACAGAACGAAUUUAGGGGAAAGAUUAAUUGCUUCGUGAAAAGGGUGUUCCAAGAUGGAUGUCUGGUGAAGUAUACCGUCAAGGAAGAGUGGUUAUGGGAGGGCAAAAAAUCCCACAGAAUGCAUGAUGUUGUGCUUGACACGAUGCCAACCAAUAUCCAAUGUAGUUGUAUGUUGUUUGAGUUUAGGGGCAUCAUGUGUCGUCACAACUUGUUGACUCUAGGACAAGAAGACAUAGAGUGUGUGCCGGAAAAAUAUGUUCUCCGUCGAUGGUCCAAAAAUGUAAGGAGGAGGCAUAGUUUGAUAAUAGCGGGAUACAAUAGAAGUAAUGACGACCCACGCAUGCAAAGAUACAAAAUGUUAUGCAAGAGGUUUUACGAUUUAGCGGAGGUGGCAUGUGACUCAGACGCUUCAUCCAGGAUGUUGUGUAAUGAGCUAAAUUCUAUUGCAAAAGGAUUAGGUGUCCCUACCAAAUCAAAUCCCUUUAUGCUUUCCCAACAUGGUGACAUUGAAGACAAUGACGGUCAACAUGCAGGUGUGACGAACUCCAGUAUUGUUCGCAGCCCGGUACAUGUUAAGAGGAAGGGGAGACCGAGAACUAACAGAUUGCAAUCAACAGUUGAAAAGCUAUCAAAGAAAAAGAAAACAAGUGCGGCGAAAAACAAGUCACAAAGAAGUUCACAGGAACCUAUGGACGUGAAUGUGCCCUUAGACUCACAAUGUACCCAAUUGACAGACGAAGCCAGCAUUGGACCAUACAUUCCCAACAAUGGGUUCAUGUCGCUGCUGACAUGUAUGGAGGCAGAGAUUGUUAACAGUCAAGUUGCUACCACAAGACUCAUUUGA